AUGAAUGGAUCUGGUCACGUGAUUGCUCUAUUCAAAACAUCCCAAAAACACGAAGACGAAGACGAAGAAGAAGACGAAGAACAAAGAGAGGAAGAAGUGAGACGGAGAAACGCUGCCAUGGCAGAGACAGGUAGCCGCCCAGAGACUUACGCCGCCCUGGCCGCUUCUCUCUCCUCGUUUCUCGCCGUCAGCAUACACCAGAUACUCUUCCUGCGCUCUAUAUACCCCCAGCCCACCUUCUUGUCAGUCAGACAGUUCAACCAGCCAGUUCGCCAGUCAAGGCAUCCCAAGGUCUGUAGCUGGGUUAACGAUGCCUGUGCCGCUGUCGAGACACAGCUGCUCAAAUCGACCGUUGCCUCGGUAGCAGUUGUCAUCCUGUCGGUCUCAUCAAACAGGCCCAUGGAGAAGUACACCUUUGACCUGUCUCAGAUCCCCAAAGUGGCGCGCGGAGACAUACAUACUCCCUUCGAGAGCUCCAGGAAGAAACAGCAGCAGGGAGAUGCAGGUGUCAUACCGCAGGUUGAUCUGGAGGCGCAGUUCCGUGCCGUCCUUCAUCGACUGUCCUCUGCCUGCGCGAGGCUAGCUCCCUUACCGCCAGACGAGGAGUAUCUGCCUACCCUACACAUCGUCCUACGGCCGGACGCUGAGGCGCCAGCUGGCAUGGACAAGGACGACCAGCAAUGGAUAGCUGCUGAGCCGGAGUCUGGGCAUACCGGUGAUCGAUCGAAAGCAUCCCGUGCAAAGACGGUACCUGUCCGCACCGUUGAUGCGGGAGAGAUGAAGCUCGAGGUCUGGAUUGAAGAAGCUAGUACCAAGUUCGACCUUACCAGCAGUGCCCAUUAG